AUGCCUAUUGCUCCACUACCGCAAGACACGGUGCGCCUGCUGCGUGCCCAUGUGGUGAUCAGUACGCCCGUCUCCAUCGUCAAGGAGCUGUUGGACAACUCAAUUGAUGCCAAAGCCACCAGCAUCGAGGUGGUCGUCUCGCGCAACACGGUGGACAGAAUAGAGGUCCGGGACAAUGGAGUAGGGAUUGAAACUCGGGACUUCGAAGCACUAGGGCGCCGUGGCCAUACGAGCAAAUUAAAGUCGGCCGACGAGCUGGAAAGUAUUGGCGGAACAUUUCUCGGGUUUCGUGGUGAGGCUCUUGCGGCCAUGGCUGCUGUCGCAAAGGUAACGGUCACCACAAGGACGGCUGCAGACGAUACGGCAACUGUCUUUGACUUGCUUGCGAAUGGCAAAGGAACCCUCAAGCACUCCAUCAAGUCUACACCUGUAGGAACAACCGUGACGGCCACGGAUAUGUUUGAACGCUUGCCAGUGCGGAAGAAGGUAGCGAUCAAAGAGGCCAACUUAACCAUGGCAAAGAUGAAGCAGCUUCUCACGGCGUAUGCGUUGGCCAGGCCGCGGCUGAAGCUUUCCAUCAAGGAGAUGGGCAUGGCCCAUCCAUGUUUGUCCUAUUCACCUCGACCUGAUGCAACAAUGAAAGCGGCCGCAAUGUGUCUGCUUGGAUUGGAUCUCGUUGCGCACUGCGGCGAAACUAUCCACAGGACAGACGCUUCGACAAAACGCAGAAAUCUCGCCAGUAGUAUUUUUGGUGAGCCUGCAAACCAAUAUGUGGGUGAUGUCGAGAUUAUCGCUCUUCUUCCUGCUCAAGGUUUUGACCCAGUCAAGAUCUCGAACAAAGGUGCUUUCUUCUCUGUUGAUUCUCGACCAAUGUCCUCCUCAAGAACAGUUUUCAAGAAAAUUUACGCUCGCUUCAAGAAGUGCAUUGCUAAAUGUCUUGAGACGCCCGGUAAUGGGAAGCAAGUCAAGGAGCCCUUUAUUGCACUGAAUAUCAAGUGUCCCCACGGCAGCUAUGAUGUGAACCUUGAGCCUGCAAAGGAUGAUGUGCUCUUUGCCAAUGAGCAAUCGAUCAUUGAUGCGUCCGAUGCUUUGUUUGAGAAGACAUACGGUCUUUCUUCUUUGCAAGGUGAGGUUGAGAGAACCAGCAAACUGAGCCCAGUAAGUGUAGUCAACUCGGAGGAGAAUAUGGCAAGUAUCAAUAUUCUUUCCAAGAAUGGCUCGAUGAAAGCCGGGGGCAUUGACUUCUCAUCAAGUCUCGUUCAGCCAUUCGAUACUCCUCACCAGGAAUCUGGCUCUGGUGACACUGGCAGGGCCCUUGCUACGCUUGUCAAAAAUGCUUCAAUCAAGCAGACAACAUUAAGAGAUGGAGCCCAGUGGAGUGUCAGCAUGAUGGAUGGUGAGAGCAGCGACGACGAAGGCUCACUUCCAACUCAAAAGCAGCCUGCCAAACAGAUGAAUGGCACUAUCGGGCUGUGUGUUGGAUCGGAAUCGACAGUCCCAACCUCACAUCAUCAGGAGGAAGACGUUUCGCGGCCCCUGGAGGGUGUCAAUCCUUGGAUGCUUGCAAAAAUGAACGCUGCCAUCAAGCAAAAACAGAUCAAUGAAUCUCAUCCUGUACCUCCUGACCCACCAGACUCUACUAGAACCACCCUGCAAUCCCAGAUACCGUUGCGCGAGCCUCAAUUCCCACGUCCAGAGCUCGCUCCUGGUCAAGCAUUAUGGGAUAAGACCCCAGCCAGCGAUGCUCCCAUCUCCCCGCCGCGUUUCCCUGCUGUUAGAGAUCUGGAGUUUACAAUUUUUGGCCAAUCACCGGUGCUGUCACCAAUGCCAGCUCAUCCUCCAACUCACGGAAACUUAUUUAGAAGUCCUUUGCCGUCAGGCAAUCAAGAACGUUGGAAAUCAUCAAGUCCAUCCCCAACCGGCCCACAACAGGCGCCACAUCCUGAGAGCAACUACCAAACUCCGCCAUCGUCUUCAGGAGCCGAUCAAAGAUCUCGCGGUGAGAGAUCCAACAAAAGAGGAGGCGCUUUGCGGGGCGGCGGUCAACAGCUUCGACAGAGCAAGCUGUUUUCAAGGAAUGUUUGGAAACCGAAUCGUCCGAAGGGUGAUUCUGAAAGCUUUGUACCAAACUUGCGUAAUCCUGAGCCGAAUGGCUCUGGUGACUUGAUGCCCCCUCUUGUAUCCCCUGAACUUUGGGGAAAACAGCCUCAAAGGCUGCUGUUGCCAUCGCAACAAAACAGUCGCGAUGGAGCUCCUUCAGAUCUCAUAGUUCGCGGGAGACAAAACCCGCGCAAGGAACCUUCUGGAAGAUCUUUUGCCGCUGCGACCAAGCCUUUUUCCCCCAUUAUUUCGAUAGGAGCUCCAAUACAGCCAGAGAUCACUACCGGGCGGGCUUUUUUGCAAUGCGAAGCUUCCCCUAUGGAGGGUGAUAUGCCUAACCAUGAAAUGAGCUCGCGUCCAGCCACGAGAAGACGAAGUCGUUCAAGGUCUGGCAGACGCUCGAAGAGGCUCAAGAGCAGCAUUUUGGCCCUGGAGACUGCUACUCUAGAUACCUUGGGGUUGGAGAUAUGGAAAGAAAAAUUCGACUUCAACCUUUUGCUGGCUCUCGAAGAGCGACUGUCAGUAAUUGAUGAUUAUCUCAUGACUGGGGAUAUCCACGAGGGACUCUUGAUAAACCAGGACACAUUGGGUGGCAUCGAGGCGCAGCUCAAAUCAAUUCUGUACGACCACCUGGUAGACGAAGACGGACAAAGGUGUGACUGCGAGAUCGACUUGCGUCGAGCGAUGGUGGGAGAAUAG